AAUAAAGUAGUGAAAUUUAGUUAUUGUAGGCUAAACCCAAGAAAAAAGAUAUUUCGAGGCAGUUCACACCAACAGAUUUAAGGAGAAGAAGGAUAUUUUUCAUAAGCAAUCAAUGUCUUCUACGACUUUUAAAAUUGAGUCUGGAGCGCAAUUAUUAGCUAGACUGAAUAGAAAACAUAGUAUUGAAAACUUUUACCCUAUGUUAUUUGGCGCUGGACCUAAACAAGGUGAAGUCGUAGAAAUGUUCAGUGAAAUUAAUGUGACAAUCUUGUUAUACGACUUAAUUUGUGAAACGUUACUUCCUGUGUAUUUCGGUGGUACGGAAAUAGGUGUUAUUCUUUAUAGUUGCAAUGGGAAUUUCAGCUAUGAUAAUUUUGUAUCAUAUAUGAGAUAUAAAAUCUCUACUCAUCCGAUUAUAUUACAAAGCUCAGUUAUACAGAAUUUCAAUGAUAUUCAAUUAAAUGAAAUACAGAAGAAAUUGUUGAGUAAUAUUUUCAUAGCAGAUAUAUAUGAUGCUACUCAGCUUUAUACUAGUAUUCAUAAUCUUGAAAAUGUUUUAUUGGAACAUAAAAAUAUUUCAAUGUUAAUUGUUGAUACACUUACAGCUUUCUAUUGGACAGAACAAACACAUAAAUUUAUCAAAAUGGAUGUAUAUCUGAAAAAUCUGCUUCAAAUGAUUCAAAAAGCAAGCAAAGAACAUAAGAUUACAAUCAUUUAUACUAGACCAGAACAUUUUAGUUCUAGUAAAGAAUCAAUAGAAAUGCUUGAAUCCUGCAGCAAGUUGCCAGUUUUAGAAAAAGUUAAUUAUAGAAUUCAAAUUGUACCAACUGAAGAAAACAGUAAAUUCCAUGUGAAUAUACAAUCAUAUAAUGGUAUACAAAGAACACAGCUGUACAUGGACAGUUAUACAAUUAAAUGGAUUUAAAUAAAAGUUAAAGACAAGUACAUUUUACUUACAACCUAUGGUAAUUUUAAUGUAAAUUAUUGCUAUAUAAACAAUAUUUUAUAACAACAGAUAAAAAUAUUAAUGAAGUACUCACAAUAAAUCUAAAAGCAAAUGUCAUGUUAUAAAGGGUUUUCAUAAUUAAUAAUAAGUUUCACAAUUUAUAAAAAAUGCUAGAAAACUUAGUUUAAGAAGAUUGUGAUAUUAUUCAAUAAAAAUAUCAAAUUGCAUUUCUGUUACAUAAAUUUGCAACCUGCCAAAUGGACAAUAAAGGAUAUUUAAGAUACAAUUUUAUUGAAAAUCAUAUUAACACCUAGUUUCAGAAUUGGGAAUUAAAAGUUAAGCAUGUCCAAACCAUACUUAAACCGUUUUAAAUGUCACUUAAUCAGGUUUUCAAUUCUGAUUUAGGUUUUUUUUUUAUAAUGAUCAGUUGAUAGCAGUUUAAUAAAACUAGGACUUUUUGCCAGGUGAAACAUAAAAAAAUUAAGUUAUUGAGAACAAUCCAUUGAGAUUUUGUACUUUUAUCAAUUCAGAAACUGGCCAUAAGGGACAUUUUUAUAUCUAUUUAACAGAAGAGAUCACUUUUACUUAAAAACAGUUAUUUAGAAAAUCUAGAAAUCAUUAAUAAAUGUAUGUAAAUGUUAUUUAAAUAGACAGUAUGAAGAAAUUUUGCUUUGUUGAUUCAAUCAAUUUAUAAACAACUUAUUUACUCCUUAAUAAUAUAUUAGCUAAUACUGAUAUAAAUCACAAAAAUAUGAAUAUUAUAAAGCUCAUAAAUCUGGUUAACGAAAAAACAUCAAUUUUUACUACUAGAGAAGUCAUGUGGUACUGAAAAAUUAUGAGUUAAAAUGUUGGAGAAAUCCAAGCAAUCACUUUUUUUUUUGAGCAUCAUAAAG